AUGACGGCUCAAAUUUUGGCAGCUGAACUCGGGAACCUCAUCCAGGACUCGAAGCGCAAGAAUACCGAACUCCGAAAUGCUGCAGAGGCAGCCCUCAAGGAUCUCAAGUCACUCUCUAAUACCUCCGAGGCUCAGCUCUCAGCUGGUGAGUUAGUUUAUCUGUCCCGUCGUCCACAUUUCAUCUCACCUUUUUUGAUUGCUUGCAGUACUCACAAUGCCAAAUUCGCGUCGACUGGAGUCUCGUGUCUGCAGAGACUUAGUGUUUCACGCGCUUUGCCACGGGAGCGACUGACGGAAAUCCUGGAUGCAUUUCGCGAGUCGGUAUCAUCAAGCCACGACAUCCAAUUGAAGAUACUGCAAGCAUUACCCUCUUUACUCCAAAACUACCCUGCGGAAAUUCGGGGCGAUUCUCUUUCAUCUGUCCUUCAAAUAUGCUCAAGUUUGCAAAACGCAAAGAACUUUGCAGUAAGCAACACAGCUGCUGCGACAUUGCAACAGCUUGUUAUUGUUGUGUAUGACAGAGUCGCUUCCGAAGAUGAGAAAGCACUGGAAAUCCCCACCGUGACCGAGGUAAAAGGUGACGAUAGCCACGUAUCAGUCAGACCAGCAGCGAACGAUGCUUACAAGAUGUUUACCGAUCUCAUUUCGCUGAUCGUAGGAGAAAAGCCCGUGUAUAUGCGAUUCGCUUCGCUGCCACCAUCUUCAAUACUUGAGCUCAUCGAGGCAGUACUGUCAAAUCACAACGAAAUCAUGACGACACAUCCAGAGCAAAUACACAUCUUGCGGGCCCAACUCAUGCCCCUCAUCAUUCGCUCUUUGUCUGACCGACUAUCAUUUCCAGUGACUGUGCGCAUCAUUCGGAUACUACAUCUGAUUAUUCGAUAUCAUCUUGACAUACUUCCCUCGGAAUGCGAGAUUGCACUCGGUCUUUUGAAUCAUAUGCUUGAUCCAGAGGCUUCUCAGGCAUGGAAGAGAGCGCUCUGCUUAGAGGUAUUUCGCAGUAUCUACGCCGAUUCUAAGCUUCUUUUGGCCAUCUAUGCGCUAUUUGACGCGAAAAGCGAGAAGAAGAAUGUUUUUGGUGAUAAUUUGGCGGCUUUCGUACGGCUUGCCGCCGAAAAGCCUGCACUCAUUGGCCUUGGUCAGCAAUCAACAGCCGUCGUUGGGGCCGAAGACGGAAAAUUAGCGCUGUCAGACCAUGCUGUCGCUGAAGCAGGUGCUCUGGCCGGCGUCAUAGGCGGCCCUGUGAGUGACAGUAGCAGCGGUGCUCGUCCUUUUGGAAUCAGCACACAAUGGAGCGCUCUCAAAACUCCUUGUAUAGAACACCUUGACAAAUCCGACCCGCCUGUCCUACCAGACACGUAUAUCUAUAGUUUGGUGUUGACAUGCAUCACCAACAUUUCCGAGAGUCUGGCCAAGUUUGUCCUUCCUCUGACCGUACACCACGAAGGCCGAGCCCGGAGAAAGAACAAAGCUGAUGACGCGAACGAGCCUGAUACAGAAGCUGUAUUGCCAAAUGAAGGUUCCAAUCGGCUUUCGCGAACCCAAUCUUUCCGCAAAAAAACUAUACCUGUAAAUCCUCUUGACCUCACAGAACACUCCGCCUACACCUCUGUGCAGACUUCGACGAGCUUGGUUACGGAAUGCUGGCCCGCAGUGCUUGCGACCUGCUCGACUUUUCUUAAUGCCGCGCUUGACAACGACUAUUACCGUGCCCUGGUUCGGUCUAUACAAAAGAUCACUCAGGUCGCUGGCCUUCUUAGGCUUUCGACACCACGGGAUGCAUUUUUAACAACAUUGGGCAAAGCAGCAGUGCCAUCAAACCUGUUGCUAGCAAAUGUACCGCCCACAACUUCAGCUUCAGUUGACAAGCCUGGGGUUUUCUCUAAUGCCAAAGCCAUACUUAGCGUAGACAGCUUUAUGAGUCAAAGCUCUUCAAUGUCAGCAGACAAACAUAGAGGUCCCCAAAAUGAGUCAGCAAUACCUGCUUUAACUCCUCGCAAUCUGCUGUGUCUGAGGGCUUUGCUCAAUCUGGCAAUCGCGCUGGGACCGACCCUCAAUUCCGCCUGGUCGAUCGUUUUUGAGACGCUACAAGUAGCCGACUUGGUCAUGGCGUUUACAAGUCAAACAGGCAGUCGCGGGUCUGGACCUGGGCACGGAGAUGGGAGUACCGAGAAGCUGGAGGCAGAAACCUCAGCUGUACAGGCAGCAGCUCGCAGACUGUUUGAGAGCACUGUUGAUUUCCCCAAUGAGUCAUUUUCAGAAGUGCUGCAAGCCUUGUGUUCCCUUCUGAACGGUGUGACCCCAGAGAGUGGUCAAAGGACACCCGCAUCCUCUAAUCGUCCUCAGAUUAUGCAUCAGCGGCGCCUUGGUAGCGUUUCCGGAAUCUCUCUAAAUACCGAAACAAACCCCCGCGACUCAGCAUUUGCUUUGAACAAGAUUGGAGAGCUCGCAACCUUGAAUGAGAGCAGGUUGGCCCAGUACGAUCCUGCAGAAAGCGGAUGGAACAUCCUUGUCAAGGAAGUUGUACAGUUUUCUACGGAUAGCCGGAAAGCGACAACUACAAGGCUGCUUGCCGCUGACAUUCUAGCAAGGACUGUUCGAGAUAUUGCUGAGCUAUCCAUGUCCGAUGAACAACGUGAGGAAAUUCAGGCUCGCAUACUUACUGCACUACAGAAACAGAUUGCAGACCUCUACCACUACGAUGGAGCCAACAAAGAGACCAUUAGUGAUGCCGACAUGCGGGUUCACCAAGUUGCUCUCGAAGCACUCAAAAGUGUGAUUGAGCAAUGCGGCGAGUCACUAGUUGCUGGAUGGGCGUCCGUCAUCGAGAGCUUGAUGAGUGUAUUUGUACCGGACCAGUCCUCUUUUCAAGAACAAAAGCACGAAAACGAGAGGCCUCAAGUCGAUAAGCGGUUGGAGAACGCUCCAGAAGUUAUUUCGAGAUCUCUUGCCCGAUCUGCCUUUGCAACGGUCAGCCUUAUAUGUUCGGAUUUUAUGACUGCCGUUCCAGAUGUUUGUCUAUCCACACUAUUAGAGCUUCUGCGCAGGCUGUGUUCCCAGCAAGAAGACUUGAACAUGUCUCUAACUGCUAUCACCUUCUUUUGGAAUGUGUCAGACUACUUGCAAUCGAAGGCUGACCUGUCUUCACUGCCAGAGAUCGUUGGGGAGACUGAUGACACCAAACUCGCCGUUUCCAGUCACUCACAGAAUGGAGCAACUUCGGCCCUGUGGCUCCAGGUUCUAUUGAACCUUUCUUCAAUCACCGUCGACGAACGUGUUGAGGUACGGAAUUCUGCAAUUCAAACGAUCCAGAGGAUAUUUGAGAACUGCUCCGACCAAUUAUCAUCGAAUGUAUGGCUACUCUGUCUCCGUACAAUACUGUUUGGUAUGGUAAAGGCGAAUCUGGAGGUACAGCGCGAGAUCCGGAAUCAGUCACCACAGAAUGAUUUGCUAAAAGACUGGGGGCAAACAACAAAAGCCGUGCUUCAGACUGUAAGCAUUCUAAACACCACUUAUAUGGAUAAACUGGAUGCAUCUCAGCUUGGGGACGCAUGGUCCGAGCUACUCAGUCUCUUACAGCAGUACUUUGAGUACCGUUCACAUGCUCUAGGAGCAUCGGUCUUCGACACCAUUACAGGUGUUCUUUCCCAGUCUGAAAAUAAUCAUAUAUGGGGUAUAGACCCCUUGCUCAAAACGGCUGGGGUGUGGAGGAGCUAUUUCCCUUCUCAAGACACGUGGCAACAAGGCGGCGAGGAAGACAACCAAGAAGCAUUUGUGGCCUACGCAGAUGCUUUCAAAGCCAUCUACCGUCUUGCGGAUGGACCACUUGCUGCAGAAUUGCCUUCUAUGCUUGGCAAUCUUGAGGCCUGUGUUGUCAAUUCCGACGAAGUCGCCUACUCUUCUGAUGUGGAUAGCACGACUGUGCUCCAGAGCCGGGUUCUGGAGUGUUUAUCGAUAGUCAAGACUGACGGUCCCGAGAUUUCGUCGUAUCUGAUUGAGUUGUUGGGCCGGUUCAUAACACUGCCUUACACUUCACAAGACAAGUCUCCUGGAAGACGCGGGCCGACAUUUGUUGCGCUAUCAAAAGCAUCCAUGACGCUGUUGCAAGACACGAUUAUCAAGCACAUCGAUCAGGAAGAGAUGUAUAAGAAUGAUGCUUUUGCUCGUGCUUUAAGUAGUUUGGCGCGACCUGUACAAGAAAAGUAUGUGUGGGAACGCGAAGGCAAAGCACCAACCUUAUGGCAAAAGGCUACAUCGACAAGCAUAGCUAUCAUCAAGCCGGCAUUGUCGCAUCUUGGCUCGGACCAAGAGAUCUGGGCCAAUCUGGUAGAUAUAGCUCACUACAUCACUCGAGCGCAGCUAUCAUCAGAUGCUCCCAUAUCACUCGAGAAAGAUGAGGUGCUUGACAUUGCGUCUUUCAAACAGCUCCGCGAGAUUAUUGUCCUUCCUCUUGGUUCUGCGUCGCUUCCGGACAGCCUUAGGCGGUCUUAUGCCCGCAAUCUCUUUGCAACAUCACUGAUACAUAGCCCGUUAUCUGGAGAACUACCGGACAUGAUGGGAGCGCCAAUCGAAGAGCUCUACAAGGUUCGUCUAGGACAAACAGCCGAGCUUGAAUGUACAUGGCGACCGAACAUGGGCUAUUCGUGUCUCUCUGAGUUAUUCAGUCUCGUUGCUGUGCACGAUAGUAGUCCCGAACGAGUCAAGUUGGCGCAAGCAGCAGCCCCAUAUCUCAUUCUACGGUGUGCACUCCCGCUCAAGACGUACAUAGCCGAUCACCCUUUGCGGGGUCGUAUGCCUGCGCCCGAGUCGCAGAGACGCGAGUUGCUCUUCGUACUUGAGGAGUUGCACAAGCUGCAAUGCGAGCCGCAAGCCAUGCCCGAUGCGCCAGGAGUGAAGUCGAAACACCGCAAGCAUAUACACAGGUUGUAUCCGCUAUUAAUCAAGGCAACCAAGGUCGCCAGACAUGAUGGUGAAGUUUUCGACAUGUUGUCGAAGCUGACGGAUGCUGUUGGGCGAGAGUUUGGGUUAGAUGAUGAUUGA